GGCCCCGAUACACGAUCCCCCUCACUUCCACACUGAUGUAAAGUACCAGCAGCUAGUUGUAUCGGUGAACGCUGUGUUCCGGAUUUUAAACCUUUAUCCUUCUCUUCUUUUAGAUCUCCCAAUUCUUUAGAUAAAAAACACGUGCUCUAAUUACUAGAGAAUGUCGGAGUUGGAUGUUUCCGAAUUCGCCGAUGGGGAGAGGGGAGUCGAGGAAAACACAAAACAGGCUGAAGGAGGAAUGGCCCCAACCGUUUCUAUUGAAGAGGUGGGGAUUGUCCGACCGAUCAAGGUGGUCGGCCUGAUGAGUAUGAUCGUUGGAGUCCUCCUGGUAGCCCUGGCUACAGCGGGCAGCAACUGGGUAAGAGGCGAUAAUAAAAUGGAAGGUCUCUGGGCCGUGUGCUACGAUGACGCCAAUGAGACCGGUGUCAUCAACUGCUCGGACAAUGAAUCACGGAUAGGAUCUCUAGAUUGGAUGGAUGCGUGCCGUGCGUUGACGAUCGUCGCUCUGAUGGGGGGCUUCGCUUCGUUCGUCGUAGGAACAAUCGGAGUAACAACAUCUGACCUUAAACUGAAGCCAUGCUUUUACACGACGACUACAGUGUUGAUGUGGCUAUCAGCGAUUCCCCUUCUCACCACGUUGUGCGUAUUCGUCACGAGAUUCGUCAAGGAAAACCAGCCACAGACAUGGUCAGUCGGUUGGCCAUUUGUAUUUGCCUUGAUCGCCUUAGCUCUCUACAUCUUAGCCGCGAUCAUUUUUGCCGUGGACAGAAAUGCUGAUGAGAUCUUGGUGUGUGAGGUGAGUACGGCCAAUGCAGAGGAGGGUAUCGAAGAAGAGGCUACUGAUGUCUAAAAAUAAUCUAAAAGAAUGACGGAUCAAUUCCAAAGAAGAUUAAAACUUGAGUGAGCAUGUUCGCGACCACUAUAUGAAAAACAGUUUUUGAAGAAAGUCUAUGCGAACCGAACUGGUGUAAUGUUCUGUGGAAAUUUUCGAAAUGAUUCCAAAGAGCAAAAGUGUUACCGAACGAAAAAAGGAAUUCCUUAUGACCGGAAGCAAUCAAGCUUGCUCAUUUCCGGUAAAGUGUCAAGGUCAUAUGUGAGUUUGAGUGUCAACAAGGGCUUAUCAGCUACCUUGACAGGAGUGACGUCACGAGUGAAACCCAGCAGUGAAACGGGACUCAGAACUACCUGUAAGACUCAAAGAACCACAGUAUUCCGUGUGCAGAGAGUGCUUUGCACUUUACCCAACGUCAAUCCGUCCCGAAACGCAUCUUCCGCCCAAAGUGACGCCCAAAUGUGACUUACGAAGUGUUGCUGUGAUAUUUUUGAUUUCUGCUAUUUUGAUAUAUAAACUGUACGUUGUGUGAAAGCUCCCUAUAUAUAACAUGGAUGUCUUCUCAUCAUUAUGCCAUCGGAUUACUUGCAGUCUUGGAACAAAUGAGACCACCACGGGUAAAACCCUUGUGUCAGGUGUACAAAAUGCAAUAUAAUUAUUAUUUAUUAUUGAAUGGAUGCAAAUUUCAGCAAGGUUAAAAUAUGUGCAUAUAUGGAAGCAAACGUGAAGUGAUGUAAUGGAUUAUGACGUAUAUAAUGUGUGAUAACAUAUAGAUGACGGUCAUAAAUGUCUCAAUGUGUCUUACACAUGGGUACAUGACUCUUCCGAAAAUUACUAUACUUGAAAAAUAUUUGGCUUAUCUACAGCAAAAUAUAUUAAUCUGUUUUUUUAUAAGAAAACCGCAUUCAUUAAUACAUGACGUCACAUGACGUCAUCAAAAUAAUAUGUGUGACGACGACUUAAUUACGCACACUUCACGCGAAGGAUCCCGCCAAUAUGCCACAUUGGCUUUCUCGAGUUGCCUAUAUCUCAAGUAACUGUUUGAGGGUGGAGUAUUUAACCUGGAUUUCUUUUGUCCUCUUUGAAAUUUGCCAUUUCCCCUUAUCCUUUCCAGAAUCGUUGGAGUAUGUACAGAAUAGGCGACUCCAGAAAAUAGUGGUUGUUUGGUACUGGGGCCAGAAAUGACCAAUCAUAAUAGUCUAAGGUAUCACGUGAUCUAAAUCUGACAUAUAAAUGUACGAAACUAAAGAUAUAGAAGUUAUGUCGCAUACAUGCUCAGGGAAAGCUGUUGCAUUAUUAACUAUUUAAUAUUUGCAUGGAUUACAGCCAAAAGGAUGUCAGUCUGUGAGGGGUCAUCUGUAUCUCAGGUUUGCGUCUAACGCCUCCACACCAAUAACAAAUAUUUAUAAUUGUCUAGUUAGUGGAGAAAUCCUACAAUGCGUUUGAAAUAUAUUUUUAAUCAAUUAUGAAUAGAAUAUCCAGUGUUUGUUAUUCUGCGUAGGAAGGCAUGCCAUUGUGCAUCAUCGCGGACAUUAUCGUAUCACGGAGUUUAAAAUAUUAGUAAUAGUAUUUAUACGAUCCCUUAUAAACAGUCAUCCUUUUAUUGUUAGCAGAUGUGAUAAUAUCAUUGAUCUUGAUAUGUUUAUUUUAUAAACCGUACAUGAAUGUUGGCAUGGCGGUGUUAUAAGCCUGACAGAAUGAUUAUAUGUAUAUAACCGCCACUGCAGCAGUUUCUAAUUCGUCUGUGUUUUACUCAAUGUGGCAUGGAUGACAGAAUCUAUGUCUGUAUGAGAUUGGCACUAGCUUUGUACCUCUUGUUAGUAGUGGUAGGGGCCCCCGACAGGGUGCACGGAGAAAUCAAAAGAAAAAUGAAAACGUAAACGUAAUGUUGUGAUAAUCAACAAACAUUCUUGAGACCCCGACUCCAUUGGAACCCGUCAUUGGUAUUCAUACGUUGGCUUGUGGUUUCUCUGGUGGCAGAUGUCGGAAUGCGUUAGGUAACGUGUAUGUAACAUUUACCUACCCAAUCACGUAUACGUGAAGAACGUUCGGGCGAAUGUUGUGUAAAUGUUGUUUCAGUUAUGAUAGAGAAUCAUGCAUACGUGCAUUCCUGUUACGUCAUCAUGAAUUGUUUGCCGAGUGAUGCGCGUCUGUUUUCGAUCCUAUAUCCCCGCAAUUGAAACAUUGACGCGCCGUCGUUUCUACGGCCUAUGCACCUAGAUACUGCAGUUUUGAUUAACGACCUUGGUACAUGUCGUUCAUUGUUGCAAGCUACUGUACAGGUGAUAGCGACUGGCAUUUCUAUUAUAUAACUUGGCUCUAUCACCCCAAAACAUCAUUAUGUAGGUGCAUUUCUAUCUCGACUGUAAAAAAUAGAAUAUCAUUUUUAUUAUGAUAACAUAUGAAACGAUGAAAAGUUUGAGGGCUCUACAAACUCAGGGUUAAUCAAGUUCCGCCUCAGCCCCGCAGUGAAUGCAGUUUUAUUUUUUGCUUUGCCUCUUCAGACAGUGAAUUACAUAUCAAAUUAGAAGCCUGUAUAUGUUUACAUAUCUUGGUAUAUGCAUUAAGAAUGCACUAGUGCUAGAUUAUACAAGCUAAAAAUAUAAUGCGUUGGAGAUAAACAAGAACGGAAUACAGAGCCAAGUGGUAGUCGCCACACAGCAAACAAAAUAACACUAGGAGGCAGGGACAUCAACAAAUAGCUCCCAGGGACAGAGAUAGUACAGAGUUUAUGUUGUACGUCGUGUAACAACAGAAGGCUGUAAAUGUAAGCCGCCCUGCUGUUUUUAUAGUAUAACUUCACUGCAAGUCAUUUGCGGACAUAGUCUACUCAGGUCGUCGUCGAGAUAUACCUUACUAGGGAACUAGUGAGAAUGGUUCGUUUCAGGAACCAUAGAUGUGGCUGUCAUGUUUAGCGUGGAUUAGAUUCACCCGUGAAUAGAGAUUUUGUCAAGCCUCGUCAGCAAACAAACAAAUCUACCAAACAGCCGCCCAUUGUUUGUUUGUCUGAUUCCACUCGCUUGAAUGCCAUUUAUCUCAUAGUUCUUAUGUUUCUUAUGGUUAUUAACUUGCUUGCUAUAUUUGUUUGCUAGGCUCUACCUACUUGACAUCGAUGUCCACAAAAUUAAUCUUUAUAUUAAUACAGUGAUGAAACAAAGUUUAUAAACUUAUAUUAAAAAUCUUGCUUGCCCGGAUGAAUCGCGCAGAGGGUAUUAAUGAAGGAAGAAACUGUAAAACCCAGAUAAAGCAAACUUGGUCAGACAGGCUACCCCUUAUACAUUUUCAACCGAUCGGGGAAGAAUCGAGCUCCGAAGGUCCCGGUGAAAGGCGAGAGAGCAACUCACUGCGCCAUCCGGCCGCCAAGAGUGAUCUAAAUGCCACAUACUAGUACUUAACGUCAAUAUCUGCUUAAUGCCACGUUUUUUUUUAUGUCAAAGUCGCGGCUAGCUGCCACUUGCUCGAUACCAAUACCUGCCAGUUGCCACAUGUCGAUAUCUCCUCCCUGUCAGUUGUUUUGAUGCCACAAUGCCGUCUCUACCUUCAUCAUCUAUCAGUUGACGUUUUUUGUAAAUCCCUGAUGGUCAACAUCUGCUUGUUAUAAUUGUUUGCUAUCAUUUACCUGCUACUAUAACUUCCUGUUUGUUUGAUGAUGUCUAUGAUCUAUAGUUGAACUAUACUUACGCUUUUUUAUGUUACCUGCUCGCCGCGACAUACUUGUUGCCAAUGCCCGCUAUUAUAUUUAGUGUUAAUAUCUGCUGGCUUCCACUUACUUGCCGUCAAAUUCUAAUGGUUACCACUUGCUUGCCGUCAAAUUCUAAUGGUUACCACUUGCUUGCCGUCAAAUUCUAAUGGUUACCACUUGCUUGCCGUCAAAUUCUAAUGGAUACCAAUUGCUUGCCGUCAAAUUCUAAUGGUUACCACUUGCUUGCUACAUUUGUUUGCUAGCCUUUACCUGCUUGUUAUCAUUACCUACUAGCUACUUGCUGACCGAAAGAGCGGUGUCCCUGUCUAACUGUUAUCUCAUUAAUUUGGACACAUUUCCCUCGAACUUGAUUCUAAAGUAAGAUUGCAUAAUGACAAUUAGUCAAGAAAACUGUCAAAACAGUCAGUCAUUAACCGAAAUCACCAGAUCACUUCGACAAAAUAUCGAGAACAAUUUGUUUACAUUGAUAAAAAGUAUCUGAAUACAUUGAUCAUGUCAUAGAAAUGAGUGAAGGUCAUGACCGCGUGAAGCACGUGAGCGCGUGAGAGAGUAAAAUUGUACGUAACAGGAUAUAUACAAAGUUUUGAUAAGAAAUAUGUGUUUGGAAAAGCCACGUUACCCUCAAAACCAUUUAUGGUUUUUCCCUUCAAGAUUUCCAUAUUUUUGUUAUGUUGAUUUUUGAAACCCAGUGUAUAAUUCAAUUGUUUCUAGCCAACGUUGGUUAAAUGUUUUCAUUCAGUUUUUAAAUAAAUUUUAUCCCUUU